AUGAAACUACGGCGGGCCAGCGUCUCGGAGGAUCCCCAAACACGAAAUAGUGCUGACGACCACACAUUCCCGAUCCCAAUCGAACUCAUUAUCGAGAUAUUCUCGAGGUUGCAGCUGAAGUGUAUAGCGAGAUGUCGUUGCGUAUCGAAGCUGUGGGCCUGUGUACUUGGCCGUCUAGAUUUCACGGAGCUAUUCUUCACCAGAUCUUCGGCCCGGCCUCGGCUCUUGUUCACCUGCAAAAAGUUUGCCGGCGCAAAACAUGAUGACCCUGUGCUCUUCUUUUCCUCACCUCAGCCUGAUGAUAACCAGUUUUCUUUAGCCGCCAACUAUCAUAUGGAUUUCAAAUUCUCUGACCAAGCCAGUUGUAUACUUAGUCCUGUCAGUGGCUUUUUCUGUAUUCAAGAUAAUCGGUUCCUAAAGUUCCGGAAAACCCGAGAGCCGGUGUCGGUGAUAUGUAACCCUAGCACCGGACAAUCUUUUACUCUACCCAAAAUGAAGACAAGGAUGAGGACUUGUAUGAGAAGCUAUUUAGGGUAUGAUCCGAUAGAGAAACAUCACAAGGUGUUGACAAUGACCUAUACACCUGAAAGAGGAGCUGGAGAGCAUCAGGUUAUGACAUUAGGAACCGGGAAACUGACAUGGAGAAUGGCCGAAUGUGGCAUACCCCAUUAUUCUCCGGGGCCAAUUUGUAUAUGCAUCAAUGGUCUUUUGUAUUACAUAGCUCAGGCCGAUAGGUCUUCCAAGGAUCAUUUGAUAGUUUGCUUUGAUGUUAGGUCUGAGAAGUACAGCUUUAUUAAAGCCGUGGAAAGAGUAAUGUAUUUUCUACCAACUCUGGUAAAUUACAACGGUAAGUUGUGUUCGUUAACGCUGCAAAGGUCGACCAACCGUAUGAUUACUAGAGUUACUAGAACUUUUGAGAUGUGGGUUUUAGAAGACGCCGAAAAACAUGAAUGGUCGCAGCAUAUUUACAAAUUACCUCCUUUGUGGAAGAACGUAGUGGAAGAUAACUUCUUACACUUUGUUGGUUUGACUGGUACAAACGAAAUUGUUUUGUCGUCGAACUAUUCAUCCGACGCUUUCUAUCUCUACUACUACAACUUCGAGGUGGAAACUAUACGAAGAGUUGGAAUCCAAGGUUUAGGAAGUGGCUAUGGUAUCGACACCUUUUUGAACCAUGUAGAUGACGUGAAGCUUAUGAAAUUGCUUUAG